CAAAAUCCAACGUCCACUUUUCCCAACAACUUCAGAACCAGAAAAGUGAAGGAACAAAACUCACUCACUCGCUCCCAUGGCUACAACAUCCCUGCUACACAAAUCCAUCUCACCUUGUCUUACAAACCCGCAUUCAAUUUCAUCAACCCACUUCGCCCAUCUGUCAAUUUUCUUAUGUCCAACAGAGAAGCCUCCGUCUUGUAGAAGACUACUUACAACAAAUGCCAAGAAAAAGAAUCCAUGGCUCGAUCCCUUCGACUACGGAGAUGACCCAGAAAUGGAGUAUGGUUCAUUGUUCUCUGAAGGGAAACAGGAAGAAGAUCCGAGGCCUCCCGAUAAUCCCAACAACCCAUAUGGUUUCCUCAAGUUCCCUUUUGGGUUCAAUGUCGAAAUUGCUUCAUUGGGUUUGAAGGUGCGAGGGGAUGUGAGACGGUGUUGCUGCUUUGUAUCGGGUGGUGUUUAUGAAAAUUUGCUCUUCUUCCCUGCAAUUCAAUUGAUCAAGGACAGAUAUCCUGGUGUUCAAGUAGAUGUGGUUGCAUCUCCAAGGGGGAAACAGACGUAUGAGUUGAAUAAGAAUGUGAGAUGGGCGAAUGCAUAUGACCUGGAUGAUGAUUUCCCUGAGCCAGCAGAGUAUACUGACAUGAUCGGAGUUCUAAAGGGUAGGUACUAUGACAUGGUGUUAUCAACCAAACUGGCUGGACUUGGGCAUGCAUCAUUCUUGUUUAUGACGACAGCCCGAGAUAGAGUAAGCUACAUCUACCCGAAUGUUAAUGCAGCAGGAGCAGGGCUUCUGUUAUCAGAGACAUUUACACCAGACGGAUUGAAUUUGUCUGAGGGUGGAUACAACAUGUAUCGUCAGAUGCUUGACUGGUUAGGGAGACCAGCGCGAAAUGUUCCAAGGCAGCCUAUUCCUCCACUAAAAGUAUCAAUCUCAAGGAAGCUGAAGGAAGUUGUGGAGGCUAAGUACAAGAGUGCAGGCGCCGAGAAAGGAAAAUAUAUUGUCAUCCAUGGUAUACAGUCUGAUUCACAGGCUUCAAUGCAGUCCAGGGGAGAUCCUGAUAGCUUGCUACCCAUCCAAAUAUGGGCUGAAAUAGCAAAAGCCAUAAGGGAUGUGAAGCCUAUUUUUGUCAUUCCACAUGAGAAGGAAAGGGAGGAUGUGGAAGAAAUUGUUGGAGAAGAUGCUAGUAUUGUGUUCAUCACCACUCCUGGACAGAUGGCAGCUCUUAUUAAUGAUUCAAUUGGAGUAAUAGCCACAAACACAGCAGCUAUCCAACUUGCUAAUGCACGAGAUAAACCCAGUGUUGCAUUAUUUUCUUCUGAGGAGAAGGGAAAGCUAUUUGUUCCCAAUGCAGAAGAAAAGAAAUGUGUGGUUGUCUCAUCCAAGACAGGGAAGUUGAUAGACAUUGACGUUGAAGCUGUAAAAAAGGCAACCCAGAUCUUUGAAGCACCCUUGGUUCUGGCAUAGAAGAUGCUUCACUUUGUUGUCCAUUUUCCUUCAGGUGUACAUUUGGAAAUUUGUUACUCUUGUCUUAAGAGUUAAGAUCAAAGGUGUAUAAAAGGAGAACCUGUUCAUCCAUUUCUCUGGAUAGCUCUAGCAUAUAUUUUUACCAA